AUGUCGCCAAGAUUCGAGCCGCAUGGCGCGCUUUUCCUUCGCGGCCUUGGCUUCCUCAACGAUGCGUACGACCUCUCGGUAAUUAACAUUAUCAACGUCAUCUUGGAGCACCAGUACGGCAAGACCGUCUUUGACUCCAACAUGAAGUCGAGCGUCUCGACGUCGGCGCUCAUCGGCGCUGUCCUCGGCCAGCUCGUCUUUGGUGUUCUCGGUGACAUUUACGGCCGCAAGAACUGCAUGGUGGCCACGUGCGCGCUCCUCAUCAUCGGCGGUAUCCUCUGUGCGGCGGCGUAUGGCGGCUCGGCCCUCGGCACGCUUUGGUUCCUCGUUGUCGCCCGUGGUAUCCUCGGUUUCGGUAUCGGUGGCGAGUACCCGUUGGCUGCGUCGUCGUCGUCGGAAGAUGCGACGUCGCCCGCCGACCGCAACCGCCGCGUCGCGCUCACGUUCUCGCUGCAGGGUGUCGGCUUCCUCAUUGCUGGUGUCUUUGGCUUGAUCAUGGUCAACGCGUUGGACCCGACGACCCAGAACCUCGAGAUCAUGUGGCGCGUGCUCUUUGGCAUCGGUGUCCUCCCGGCCCUCUUCCUUGUCUACUACCGUAUCACGGCCGAAGAGACCCAAGCGUAUAAGACGAUGAUGGCCGAAGAAGUCCAUGUCCAGAAGAACCUCUUUUCGGCCUCGAUUCUCUCGGUGAUUGGCGCCAACUCGACGCUCAAGACGAUCGCGCUCCAGAACGUUUUGAUCUCGCUCGUGGCGCUUCCGGGCUACUACGUCGCGUGCUUCUUCAUCAACAAGAUGGGCCGCAAGCUUAUCCAGCUCCACGGUCUCACGUGGAUGACCAUCAUCUUCCUCGUCCUCGGCAUUUGGUGGGACUCGAUCAAGGACCAGAGCGCGCUCUUCAUCAUCCUCUUUGGCCUGACGCUCUUCUUCUCCAACUUUGGCCCCAACAUGUCGACGUUCGUCAUGCCCACAGAGAUGUACCCGACGGCUAUCAAGAGCUCGUGCCACGGCUUCUCGGCCGCCAUGGGCAAGGCCGGCGCCGCCAUCGGCUCGUACGGCUUUGCGCACUGGGUGAACAACCCGAGCUUUGGCUACGUCGGCACGUGGUACACGUUUUCGGGCAUUUGCUUGUUGACGCUUAUCCUCACGUGGUUCUGCAUGUUUGACAACAACGACGGCGACAUGUCCAACAUUGACAACGAGUUCAAGGCCAAGCUCGCGCUCGAGAACGACGAGACGCGCAAGUCGUUCAUUGCCGGCGAGGACGAGCAUGAGUUUGACAAGGACUCGGCGUACGUCAAGGCCUAA